UUAUUGUUACUGUAAAGCCCAGCACCACGUCCAGCCCUGGAGCCCUCUACUCUAUGCACUACCGGACGGAUGGCCUUUCCUUCAUUCCUUCCCUAGAUGGCGCUAAACGCUUUCUCACCACAAAUCGAAAACACAAAGGCAGCGAAUGAGUCAAUGGAUUUCCUUUCUCUAACAUCCCCCGGGAUCUACCUCACCCCGCCCGCCUGUGUUACUUCCCAUCUACCCGCUCUUCUCGCGAUACCAGCCGGGCGGAUCCAUCAUGGCGGAAGAGGAAGUGGGCAAAUUGCAGAAACACUUGGCUCUUCUACGCCAGGAAUAUGUGAAAUUGCAGCAGAAACUGGCAGAUACGGAGAAGAAAUGUACCCUUCUAGCAGCGCAGACAAACAAAGAGGCUUCUGACGACUCCUUCAUCAGCCGCCUGCUGGCAAUUGUCGCUCACUUGUACCAACAGGAGCAGUACAGUGACCUGAAGAUAAAAGUUGGAGACCAGAAGAUGAAUGCUCAUAAGUUUGUGUUGGCUGCCAGAAGUGAGGCAUGGAGUCUGGCCAAUUUGGCAUCUACAAAGGAACUAAACCUGUCAGAUUCUAACCCCGAGGUGACUAUGGCAAUGCUUCGUUGGAUCUAUACAGAUGAGCUGGACUUGCGGGAAGAUGAUGUCUAUUUAACAGAAUUGAUGAAGCUUGCAAAUAGAUUUCAGCUUCAACUCUUGAGAGAACGGUGUGAAAAGGGUGUCAUGUCACUGGUCAAUGCGAGGAACUGUAUCCGUUUCUAUCAGACAGCAGAAGAACUCAAUGCCAGCACGUUAUUGAACUAUUGUGCCGAGAUCAUUGCAAGUCACUGGGAUGAUCUAAGGAAGGAAGACUUCAGCUCAAUGAGUGCUCAGCUUUUGUACAAAAUGUUUAAAUCAAAGACCCAGUUCCCCUUACACAAAGCAAUAAAGGUGGAAAGAGAAGAUGUUGUUUUUUUGUAUCUGAUAGAAAUGGAUUCCCAGUUACCUGCAAAGUUAAAUGAGCUGGAUCAAAAUGGAGAUCUUGCCCUGGAUCUUGCCCUGUCUCGGAAGCUGGAGAGCAUAGCUACAACAUUAGUUAACAGUAGGGCAGAUGUUGAUAUGGUAGACAAGAAAGGUUGGAGUCUGUUGCACAAAGCAAUCCAAAGGGAUGAUAAAUUUGCUGCCAAUUUCUUAAUAAAAAAUGGUGCCCUUGUAAAUGCUGCUACAAUUGGGGAACAAGAGACACCACUCCAUCUUGUAGCUGCUUGUACAAUGAAGGACCGAUCUCUGGAAGUGAUGUCUGAUAUAGCACAAAUUGCUGAGGCACUUUUGCAUGCAGGAGCUAAUCCCAACAUGCAGGACUGUAAAGGAAGGACUCCUGUACAUACAGCUAUUCUUUCUAGAAAUGAAUACGUGUUUAACCAGCUGCUUCAAUGCAAACAAUUAGAUUUAGAACUGAAGGAUCAUGAAGGAAGUACAGCUUUGUGGCUUGCAGUCCAGUAUAUCACAGUAUCUUCUGACCAGUCUGUGAACCCCUUUGAUGACGUCCCUGUCGAAAAUGGAACCUCAUUUGAUGAGAAUAGCUUUGCAGCCAGACUGAUCAAACGUGGCAGUAACACAGAUGCACCCGACACAGUAACAGGUAAUUGCUUGUUACAAAGAGCUGCAGGGGCAGAAAAUGAAGCUGCUGCUCUCUUUUUGGCAACCCAUGGGGCUAAAGUCAACCAUAAAAAUAAAUGGGGGGAAACGCCAUUACACACAGCUUGCCGACAUGGACUUCCCAAUCUUACUUCAGAACUAUUACAGCAAGGAGCUAAUCCAAACUUACAGACACAAGAACCCAUCCCUGAACGUAAAGGAUCCUCCCCAACAAGCCCAUCAGCCAGCACAUAUUUACAAACCCCACUGCACAUGGCAAUAGGCUACCGCCAUCCAGAUGUUGUGACAGUCAUAUUAGAACAGAAAGCGAACGCGUUGCAUGCCACAAAUAAUCUUCAAAUCAUUCCUGACUUCAGCCUGAAGGACUCCAAAGAACAAACUGUAUUGGCACUGGCCUUAUGGACAGGUAUGCACGUCAUUGCUGCUCAACUGCUUGGAUCAGGUGCCUCUAUCAAUGACAUCAUGUCAGAUGGACAGACCCUGCUGCACAUGGCAAUACGAAGACAAGACAGUAAGAGUGCACUUUUCCUACUGGAACACCAAGCUGAUAUAAAUAUCAGGACCCAAGAUGGGGAGACUGCCCUUCAGCUUGCCAUUAAAAACCAGCUUCCCUUGGUGGUUGAUGCGAUUUGUACAAGAGGGGCAGACAUGUCCGUUACCGAUGAACAAGGGAACCCUCCACUGUGGAUUGCACUGGAAAAUGAACUGGAAGAUAUUGCAUCCACAUUGGUAAGACAUGGAUGUGAUGCAACAUUUUGGGGGCCUGGUCCAAGUGGAUGUAUACAGACUCUUUUGCAUAGAGCCAUCGAUGAGAACAAAGAGCAGGUUGCUUGCUUUCUUAUACGCAGUGCCUGCGAUGUCAACAGUCCUAGAAAACCAGGACCAAAUGGAGAAGGGGAAGAAGAGGCUAGAGAUGGGCAGACACCUCUGCACUUGGCAGCAAGUUGGGGAUUAGACGAAGUAGUUCAGUGCCUUUUGGAGUUUGGUGCCAAUGUGAACGCACAGGAUGCAGAAGGAAGAACUCCAAUACAUGUUGCCAUUAGCAACCAGCACCGUGUAAUUAUCCAACUAUUGAUCUCGCACCCCGAAAUCAGGCUGAAUGUGAGGGACAGACAGGGGAUGACCCCUUUUGCAUGUGCCAUGACCUUCAAAAAUAACAGAGCAGCAGAGGCCAUAUUAAAACGGGAACCAGGAGCAGCUGAGCAGGUGGAUAACAAAGGAAGGAACUUUCUACAUGUGGCAGUACAGAAUUCUGACAUUGAGAGUGUGCUGUUCCUGAUAAGUGUGCAAGCAAAUGUCAAUUCAAGAGUGCAGGAUGCUUCAAAGUUAACUCCUCUGCAUUUGGCUGUGCAGGCAGGAUCUGAGAUUAUUGUCCGUAACCUGCUUCUUGCAGGUGCCAAAGUGAAUGAACUGACAAAGCAUCGUCAGACUGCCCUUCACCUCGCCGCACAACAAGAUCUGCCCACUAUCUGUUCUGUACUGUUGGAGAAUGGUGUUGAUUUUGGAGCUGCAGAUGAAAAUGGGAAUAAUGCACUUCAUCUGGCAGUAAUGCAUGGUCGCUUGAACAAUAUUCGCUGUCUUUUAACAGAAUGUAAUGUUGAUGCAGAAGCACUUAACUUAAGGGGCCAAUCGCCAAUGCAUAUUUUAGGGCAGUAUGGAAAAGAAAAUGCAGCUGCCAUCUUUGAACUCUUCCUGGAAUGUAUGCCAGAAUAUCCACUUGAUAAACCAGAUUCAGAAGGAAAUACCGUUCUUCUCUUGGCCUACAUAAAAGGAAACGCCAAUCUUUGCCGAGCCAUUGUGAAGGCUGGUGCCAGACUCGGAGUAAACAACAACCAAGGGAUCAACAUAUUUAACUAUCAAGUCGCUACAAAACAGCUUCUCUUUAGACUUUUAGACAUGUUAACUCAGGAGCCUCCAUGGUGUGAUGGUUCCAAUUGCUACGAGUGUGCUGCCAAGUUUGGCGUUACAACAAGAAAGCACCACUGUCGCCAUUGUGGACGACUUCUCUGUCAUAAGUGCUCAACAAAGGAGAUUCCCAUUAUCAAGUUUGACCUGAAUAAACCAGUUCGAGUUUGUAACAUAUGCUUUGAUGUUUUGACUCUGGGUGGAGUGUCUUAGUACACAUGGUGGCAUAUUCUUGCUACAUGAAGAACAGCAGCUUAAAAGGCUGAUGGGUUGAGCUGCUGACGUUUGCACUUCAUCAUGGACAAAGGACCAUAUUAUGAUAUAUUCCAGUUUAAACAAUUUGAUUGUACAUGUAUAGGCUUUGCUAGAUACUAACUGGACUCCUUUUUAAGUGAAGUGAAAAAUGUACUAGUUUGGGAAGAUACCACGUUGAUCUGACUUCAUAGUAUGGUCUGAAGAUCAAUGUUUCAUAUCCAGUCUCUUCCUCUUGGUCCUAAAGAGCUUUUCAGACUACCACUCAUUUACAUGAUCUUAAAAUAAUGUCUUAUAUGUGCUGUGUGUCCCCAUAAACUGUGGGUGAAUAUACAAUACAGGGUUUAGGUUUGAGGAAAGCCAAUAAAAUUGUGGCCUUAAAAUAUAAGCUGUAUAACCAACACUAUAUGAAAUCUUUAUAGCACCUUCCUCAUUUAUUAUGCCCAUAUCCAUAUAACUGGUUUCAACAUCCUUACUACUAAUUGAUCAAAGGCCUUUAUAGUUUUGUCAUUACCUUUCCUGAUAAUUUAGUUGUACUUCUCAGACACUUGCACAAUUUUUCACAUGUUCUUAUAAUACCAAGUGUUCCAUGUAACAGAUUUAACACUUGUGAAACUCUUUAAACACUAACAUGUCGUAAGAAAAAUAUGUGGAGCCUAAUCAUUUGUUAUACAAAUUAAAUAUCCAAGAUCCAUGGACACAAUGUAUGGUUUGCAUUUUUUAACAGAAAAAAAUAGUAUUUGGGUCUCCCUUUUGUAGAAAAGGGU